AUGGGCUCCAGCGACCCCAAACCCAAGGUUCUCCUCCUAGGAGACAUCAUCCACGCCCACACAACCUGGUCCUCCCUCUCCACCAUCGCCGACCUGAUCCGUCCCACGGCCACCAACCGCGCCGAUUUCAUCCAAGAAUGUCAAUCGGGCCAAUACGACGGCGUCGUGGCCGCCUACCGCACCUUUGACUCGGUCAAAAUCACCGGUCUGAUUGAUGAGGAACUCGUCAAUGCCUUGCCGAAGUCGUUGGUAUUUUUGGCGCAUUGCGGAGCCGGCUACGACCAAAUCGACCCCCACGCCUGCAGCUUGCGCACACCCACCCCCAUCCGUAUCUCCAACGUGCCCACCGCCGUCGACGACGCCACCGCCGACGUAAACAUGUUCCUAAUCCUCGGUGCGCUCCGCAACUUCAACUACGGAAUGCACGCCCUCCGGGAAGGUAACUGGCGAGGUUCCCCGACGCCCGUCCUGGGCCACGAUCCGCAGGGCAAAGUCCUGGGCAUUUUGGGAAUGGGCGGUAUUGGCCGCAAUCUGAAGAGGAAGGCGGAGGCGUUUGGGAUGAAGGUCAUUUAUCAUAAUCGACGGGAACUGAGUGAGGAGUUGGCCGAUGGGGCGAGGUAUGUGGGCUUUGAGGAGUUGUUGGCGGAGAGUGAUGUGGUUAGUUUGAAUUUGCCGUUGAAUAAACACACCCGGCAUAUCAUCAGCACGGCCGAGUUCGAGAAGAUGAAAGACGGCGUGGUGAUUGUUAAUACCGCGCGCGGGGCGGUCAUGGAUGAGGCGGCGCUGGUGCAGGCCCUGGAUAGUGGGAAGGUGUACUCGGCCGGUUUGGAUGUCUUUGAGGAAGAGCCUAAGGUGCAUCCCGGUCUGGUGAGCAAUCCCAAGGUGUUGCUGGUGCCGCAUAUGGGGACUUGGACGGUAGAGACGCAAACCGCUAUGGAGGAAUGGGCGAUCGAGAAUGUCCGGAUGGCGCUGGAAACCGGCAAGUUGAAGAGUCCCGUGCCCGAGCAGGCGGAUCUCUGA